AUGGAGAGACAAAUUGUCCACCGGAAGUGCCUCAAGCGAUCCAAAACUAUCGUCAGGAAGAAGAAGAAGCCCAUCAAGGUGGUCUACAUCUCCAACCCCAUGAGGGUGACCACCAGCGCCGCCACGUUCCGCGCCCUCGUGCAGAAGCUCACCGGCCGCGACUCCCUCGUCGCCGACACGAACACGGUGAGCGCUUCUCUAGUACACGAGUCCACCGACGAACCCCCGGUGGCCUCCGCAGCGGCUUCUGAGUCUCCCAGCUCGAUGCUCUCGAGUCUCACCGUGAGCUGCACGGUGGAGGCAUACAAUAGUCUGGUGGCUCCGACUGUGGUGUUCGAUGAGGAGAACUUCUGUGGACUCAUGUCGGCGACGCUGUAUCAUGAGCGUCAACUUGCAGGGCUUGGGAGCUACGAUGAAGUGUGA